CUUCAUCGCGGAGUUUCUCUCGGUUUGUGGGCUCAUCUAAAGCUGAUCAUCAGGAGGAGACGAGCCAUUUAGACUCAGCUCAGCCACUACAGAGGAAACAAUGACUUCAACCCAAAAGGACCAACAUGGAGCGAGAAGUCAGCGCUCUCAGGAGGCCGACAAACCUCACAGAAGAAAGGGAGAGAAAACAUACAGCUGUGAUGAGCGUGGGAAGGAUUUUACCAAGGCUGAACACCUGAAAACACACCAACUCAUCCACAGUGGAGUUAAACCGUACAGCUGUGACUUGUGUGGAAAAUCUUUUACCCUGGCUGGAAACUUAAAAAAACACAAAAUCAUCCACAGUGGAGUUAAAGCAUACACCUGUGACUUGUGUGGAAAAUCUUUUACCCAGGCUGGAAGCUUAAAAACACACCAACUCAUCCACAGUGGAGUUAAAGUGUACACCUGUGACUUGUGUGGAAAAUCUUUUACCCUGGCUGGAAACUUAAAAACACACCAACUCAUCCACAGUCGAUAUAAAGUGUACACCUGUGACUUGUGUGGAAAAUCUUUUACCCAGGCUUUUAGCUUACAAACACACCAACUCAUCCACAGUGGAGUUAAAGCGUACACCUGUGACUUGUGUGGAAAAUCUUUUACCUGGGCUGGAAGCUUUAAAAGACACCAACUCACCCACAGUGGAGUUAAAGCAUACAACUGUGACUUGUGUGGAAAAUCUUUUACCCAGGCUGGAAGCUUAAAAGCACACCAACUCAUCCACAGUGGAGUUAAGGCAUACACCUGUGACUUGUGUGGAAAAUCUUUUACCCAGGCUGGAAGCUUGAAAACACACCAACUCAUCCACAGUCGAUAUAAAGUGUACACCUGUGACUUGUGUGGAAAAUCUUUUAACCACACUGGAAGCUUAAAAAGACACCAACUCAUCCACAGUGGAGUUAAAGCGUACACCUGUGACUUGUGUGGAAAAUCUUUUACCCACGCUGGAAGCUUACAAACACACCAACUCAUCCACAGUGGAGUUAAAGCGUACACCUGUGACUUGUGUGGAAAAUCUUUUACCCACGCUGGAAGCUUGCAAACACACCAACUCAUCCACAGUGGAAUUAAAGCGUACACCUGUGACUUGUGUGGAAAAUCUUUUACCCACGCUGGAAGCUUAAAAAGACACCAACUCAUCCACAGUGGAGUUAAAGCGUACACCUGUGACUUGUGUGGAAAAUCUUUUACCUGGGCUGGAAGUUUAAAAAGACACCAACUCAUCCACAGUGGAGUUAAAGCAUACACCUGUGACUUGUGUGGAAAAUCUUUUACCCAGGCUGUUAGCUUAAAAACACACCAACUCAUCCACAGUGGCGUUAAAGCAUACACCUGUGACUUGUGUGGAAAAUCUUUUACCUGGGCUGGAAGCUUACAAACACACCAACUCAUCCACAGUGGGGUUAAAGCGUACACCUGUGACUUGUGUGGAAAAUCUUUUUCCCACGCUGUUAGCUUAAAAAGACACCAACUCAUCCACAGUGGCGUUAAAGUAUACACCUGUGACUUGUGUGGAAAAUCUUUUAACCGCACUGGAAGCUUAAAAAGACACCAACUCAUCCACAGUGGCAUUAAAGCGUACACCUGUGACUUGUGUGGAAAAUCUUUUACCUCGGCUGGAAGCUUAAAAGCACACCAACUCAUCCACAGUGGAGUUAAAGCAUACACCUGUGACUUGUGUGGAAAAUCUUUUACCCAGGCUGUUAACUUACAAACACACCAACUCAUCCACAGUGGAGUUAAGGCAUACACCUGUGACUUGUGUGGAAAAUCUUUUACCUGGGCUGUUAGCUUACAAACACACAAACUCAUCCACAGUGGAGUUAAAGCAUACACCUGUGACUUGUGUGGAAAAUCUUUUACCCACGCUGGAGGCUUAAAAACACACCAACUCAGCCACAGUGGAGUUAAGGCGUACAGCUGUGAUCAGUGUGGUAAAGCUUUUGCUCGCCAUACCUACUUACAGCAUCAUCAAGUUAUCCACUCCGGAUUUAAGGCGUACAGCUGCCACAUUUGUGGAAAAACCUUCCGCUGGCUAAGUAGCCGAAAUAUUCACCUCCGCAUUCACACUGGAAAUGACGUUUACUGCUGUGACCAGUGUGGUAAACUGUUUGUGAAAUAUAAAGACUUACAACACCAUAUGUUUACCCACACUGUUGGGAGACCUUAUAAAUGUGACGUUUGUGAUAAGACCUUUAAAGCUCCACGUUACCUUAAAAUCCACCAACAGAUCCACACCAGAAAGAAACUGCAAGUGCAGUUACUGUGAGUUAUGUAUGUAUAUUGUUAUCUUCUUAUUUAAGACUGACUUUUUGGAUCAACUCUUCGCAUUAAAUUGUGUUCGCAUGUAGGGCUGCGCCAUAUUAUACCCUUCACGGUAAUACCGGUACAAUGCUAGGCAACGAUAAGAAAAUGAAAUAUUGCGGUAGAAUAUGGGUAGACCGUGCAUGCGCAGUGACGAAAAAGCACGGUGGUAAUUGAGAAUGAGAAUGGGGGGGAAAGCAGAUUGUUGAGUGAAACGGAUGAACCAGAAUUAGUUUGUAAAAAUGGUGCAACUUAACUGGUGUGGUGUUUGUUCGUCAGAUAGACAACAAAGCACAUUUUUUUUGCACUAAGGUGCUUGUAAAUCUGGGAGUAAUCUGGGUCCUAAACUCCUUUAAGGUCCCGAAGUCAAACGAAUAUCACUAGGAGUUAAAAACUGUCUAAAUUCUUCCAUCUUUAAUAAAACAAUCAGC